CUUGGAACCAACGACGCGCCUUUCUGCUGGAGGUCAGUUUCCUGAUUGAUUUUUGUAGUUUAAAUACCCCCAUGGUUUAACUAACUAUGGCCCAGGCUCAAGUAACUCUACAGACAUUACCAUGAAAUUUUUUUUUUCAGAAAUGUUAUGAUGAAGAAAGGAAGAUCAAUAUGAAAUAGAAAGGUUAAAGGCAAUAAAGACAAAUGGAAGAAAUCACGGAUGAUGCUUUCAGACAGCUGUUGUCAUUUUUUUCGGAUUGGUAUGACCAGCGUGGAUGGAUCAGUAUGCUCAAAGUUUUGUACAGAGAUCUCUUUGAAAACAAAUUUGAGUUGAAUAAGGCUGCUAAGGUGAUAGACAUGAUAGAUUCGUUGAUUGAUAUUGGCGUUCUGCACUUAAAAGAUCUCAGUCUUCUUUAUGAUACGAUAAACAUAUCAAAGCAAUAUGGUUUGGAAAGGAAAAUUAAAGAUAACCUGCUUCCAUCAUUUCCAAAUGUCAAAGAUAUGAUAAUCUCAAAAUUCACACCUCACAGACAAAAAGUUAUGAAGCUUGGAAUGGUACUGAUUGAUGAAGACAUAAAAAAGAUCAGUGGAUUGUAUAACAAACCAGUAAAGGAGUAUGCAGACACAUGGAGUUUAAUUUUGGAUCUAGAGCACAACAGGAUAAUUUGUGAAGGAAAUAUGGAUGCUUUUAUUGAGAAAUUGAAUACCCUGAAACUCCAACAGGCUGUGGAAGUUUUCAAAGAAGACAUUCAAACUCCAAAGCCAUCUUUAAACCCAGGACAAGCAAGUGACAUUCCAAAGCCACCAUCAAACUCAGGACAAGGAAGUGUCUCUCAAGUUGCAUCUUCACACGCUGGAAAGAAACGUCGUAAAGGUGUGAAAUGUACUCUUAAGCGCAAAAAGAAGGAUUAUCGAUCACAUCCAGAAUAUGUUCUUAAUUUGUUAGAAGAACUUGAUAAACAAAAAGGCUUUCUAACUUUAAUCCAUAAGCCAAAGGGUUUUGCUAUACUUAAAAGAGUUGUCAUGUAUUAUGAACAUCAUGGUUUAAAGUUAGACAAAGUAGAAGUAGGAUGUAUAGUGUUUCAUCUAUCAACACAUGAUCCUAAUGCUUUGUUGAAUCUAUGGGAAAUACAUUCUAGUGGGAAGCUCAUCAAGGAUUUAACAGGAGUAUUAGUGCCAGAAAAACAUCAGCAGGAGUUCUUGGAUGAAUGGAUGACGUACAUUGAUGAAAAUGAAUACAAAGCUGCACUCCGUAUUCUGAAAGGAAAUGCGUCUGAAGGAAUACUUGAGCACUCAGGAGAUAGUGAUAAAGAACAUGAUUCACAACUUGUAAAACCAAAAAUGGUUCAGUAUGGUUCAUGCAUCAUAAGUGAUGACAUGGAAUGGGAGAGUCAGCUGGUGGUGGACUUAACUCAAAGAAGACCAGAGUUAAGGUUUGCUAUCCUCAGACAUUGGAAGUUGAGCAAACCUGAAACUAUUAAUGAUUUAAUAGCAAGAAGCAGGAAAGUGAUCAUUGCAUUUUCACCAAAACCUUUGACUGAAUAUUCUAAAUAUGCGGCACACAGUGUUGUAAAAAUGCUGGAAGAAAACAUUCUUGAUGAUGCUCAGAUAAUACCAAUCAAAAUUUCAGAAGAUUCUGUUGUACCUCCUGAGUUUGCAUCAUUUACUGUCAUCAAUACCAGUGAAGAGAACUUUGUUGAUAAAAUUUUGCAAGGCUUAAAUGAGAGUGGUAAGUAUUGCAGCCCUGCUAUUUGUUGUUAUUACCACCAUUUUUUUGUUGAUUAUGCAAAGUGAGUAGAUCAGUAU